AUGGCCGAAACACCUUCCUCACCUCCCACCGCGGCUGCCACCCCCGAGGAGUCCCUGGCCUGGUACAAGAAGCAAUAUGAGCAGCUUGCCGACGAGCUGACCGAGUUUCGGGAGUCCAGUCACGAACUGGAAGCCGAGCUGGAGAAGGAUCUCGAUGCUGCCGACAAGCGACAGCGCGAUUUGGAGCAGAGGAGCGAGAGCCUGCAGUUCGAGGUCGAUGAGUGGAAGGAAAAAUGCAAGAAGGCCAAGGCCGAGGCCAACAGCGCUCAAAACGCUUUAGAAAAGGAGAUCACCACCCUCAGGGACGCCAAUCGGAGCAUGCAACUCAGGCUACGCGACAUCGAGGUGGCCAAUGAUGACUUCGAGCGCCAGGCCAGAAACACCACCUCCUCUCUUGAGGACAUGGAGUCCAAGUACAACGUCGCCAUCGAGAGGACCGUCAUGAUGGAGGAGGAGAUCAAGAUUGGCGAGCAGGAACGAGAGUCUCUGCGCAUCGAAUCCCAGAGACUGCGCGAAGAGCUUUCCGAUCUUAAGGUUGAGGCCGAAAUCAUGCAGGACAAGAUCAAGAAGGCAGAGAACCGCCAUCUGUCCACCAUUUCCACCGACAUCUCCAUUCCCGACUCACCCUCAUUCGAAAACUCCCCUCGGUCGACAGCGAGCUCGCCCAUGAUCUCUACACCUCCCAACGAGGUAGCCCUGCUGUCCACUGGCAAAGCUGCGCCCGAGAUACAUGAGCCGCCAUCGCCUCCCAUGUCCGACGCUUCCCUUCCCAUACCGAGACAGUCCUCCAACCUCAGGACGCCAGCGCCCUCAAGCCAGAAGAAAUCACGCAUCCCCUCCGCCGACCACAGCAUCACACCGAAGCCACGAAGCGCCGCCUCCAGUGGGAUCCGCCCGCCUGGCAUGCGCUCUGCUACUACCGCCCGCACGGCAGCGCCAGCUCGCACGGUCACCAACCGCGCUUCAUCCCACAAGCUUCCCGCCUCAGCUUCUCUGAGCCAUGUUCGUACUCUUACUGCGCAGAUGCAGAAACUUGAGGCCCGGGUCGCUUCGGCACGGUCUAAGCUACCAGCACCCGUACACACACCGCCGCGAGCAUCCCCCAGAUCAUCCGUCAACGGCACCAGCCAGGUGCCAUCUACGGUCACGAUGCGCUCCCGGAAACGCAAUGCGGGUUCGACAGCGACUCCGUCGGUAGCAGACGACACCCCGACACAGGCUACGACUACGACUGGAGGCGGCAAGCACGUAUUGAGACUUAGUACGUCCAGCGUCUCGCGGCUUUCGUUCGGCCCUUUGCCCAAUCGGAACCCUAAUUACGAUCCCGACGGCUCUUCCGUGUCCAUAUCGCGACCGAGUAGCCGAGCUAGUAUCUCGAGCUUCGUGAAACCCGAUCGUCCGGCGAGCCGUAGCGAAAUCGGUCGACCCGCAUCCCGUACUAGUCUUACGGGUGCGAGAACCCCGAUGGGAGUACGACCUAGGAGCUCCAUAGGCGGCUUGCACGGGCAUUCCCAGAGUGUGACCCAUAUCGAAGCCGAAGAGUUCGAAGAACGUACGCCGAGCCGGCGGGGGACGUAUAGCAAAUAUGAUGCUGAGGGGACGGGUAGCAACAUCCCGGCUCCCAGUGGCUUUACGCGGCGGCAAAGCGGCAGCAUGAACCCGUCACGACGAGUUAGCGGUGGAGUCAACGAGAACGGCAGGGCAAGGAAAUUGAGCGACUUGGGAGAGACGUACUAG